AUGGGGAAAUACAAAAAUAAUAAUAAUAACAAUAAUAACAAUAAUAAUAAUAAUAAUAAUAAUAAUAAUAAUAAUAAUAAUAAUAAUAAUAAUAAUAAUAAUGAUGAUGAUGAUGAUGAUGAUGAUGAUGAUGAUGAUGAUGAUGAUGAUGAUGAUGAUGAUGAUGAUGAUGAUGAUGAUGAUGAUGAUGAUGAUGAUGAUGAUGAUGAUGAUGAUGAUGAUGAUGAUGAUGAUGAUGAUGAUGAUGAUGAUGAUGAUGAUGAUGAUGAUGAUGAUGAUGAUGAUGAUGAUGAUGAUGAUGAUGAUGAUGAUGAUGAUGAUGAUGAUGAUGAUGAUGAUGAUGAUGAUGAUGAUGAUGAUGAUGAUGAUGAUGAUGAUGAUGAUGAUGAUGAUGAUGAUGAUGAUGAUGAUGAUGAUGAUGAUGAUGAUGAUGAUGAUGAUGAUGAUGAUGAUGAUGAUGAUGAUGAUGAUGAUGAUGAUGAUGAUGAUGAUGAUGAUGAUGAUGAUGAUGAUGAUGAUGAUGAUGAUGAUGAUGAUGAUGAUGAUGAUGAUGAUGAUGAUGAUGAUGAUGAUGAUGAUGAUGAUGAUGAUGAUGAUGAUGAUGACGAUGAUGAUCGUUUAAAAGAGAACUAG